AUGGCCGACAGCGAGAGCAGCGGCACAACUUAUCAGGCCGAGGAAAGCAACAAUAAUGCACUUUGUUCCUCAUGCCAAAAACUUGAUCUGUCAAUUGGCAAGUUCAUUAUCAGUAAAAAGGGGUUGUCGCGCAACCAGGCAACAGUGACAGAUUCAUCGGGAGAUUUAGCCAACACCAAAGACUUCCAAUUGAGUUCAGGAACGUCCAGAAAGGUGUUUACGACAUUCAACCAAGCUCAGGAGAAGCAUACUAGCUGUCACUUCUGCAGCUUGAUAUGGCAGGCGAUUACACGAUAUAGUCGACGACUUCCAGACGCCUCAACUGCGUUGUAUCUUACAUGGGAGGUCGACGGGCGACGGAUUACCUCCACACAUGAGUCUCUGGUCAAUAGAACCAGGAGGAUACGUCUAUCAUGGGGCGACAAAGAUGGCAAGGAUGAGAGUGUAUAUCUUGUCCUUGUCGCACCAACAGGCGGACGCAGGCCAAACUCGGAUGCCUACGCUUCUUUCGCAACCGAUACACACUUCCUUGGUCGCGGGCGAGUGGACUCUAGCGAGAAGCAGGCCUUGAUGAAAAGUUGGAUCGACCUGUGUGCAGAAAAACACGGUUUGAGGUGCCAGAAGAAGCAUGGGACCAAGAGCGAGUUCAAGAAACUCAUUGAGGGAACCUUCUUCGGCGUCAUCGAUGUCAUUGACAUGCAACUAAAGGCCCUGCCAAUCGUUAACGGGGAACCAGAGCGGUUUGUGGCUUUGAGCUAUGUCUGGGGCAAACGACCGAACGGGGAGUACACAUACAUCACAACGAGAAACAAUGUCAUGAUCCAUAUACAGCACGGAGGGUUGGAGAAAGCAUGGCAUAGAUUGCCCAAAACUAUACAAGAUGUUAUUCUACUUGUGAGCCGACUCGGGGAGAGAUAUGUAUGGAUCGAUUCCUUGUGCAUCGUCCAAGACAGCCUCAGCUCAUGGGAGCUCAAUGCCAAAGCCAUGCAUCUUGUCUAUGGCAAUGCACACUUCACCAUCUGUGCCGCAGACGGUGAAGCGACGACGGGGCUUCGGGCGGUGGCACCUGUCUUACGAACUCCCAUCCAUAGAGCGGCACCGGUUCCCGAUCGUGUCACCACAGUCAGGUUCAUGGAGAAUACGACUGAUCGACACCACUCGGACGAUACUAUACAGUCAGAGCCGAUCAGUGCACAAAUCCUCCCAGGAAUCAGGCUCCUGGUGUCUCGACCACCAGAAGCGGUAAUCCAGAAUUCUCUAUGGAAUCAGCGUGGUUGGACUUUCCAAGAACGACUCCUCUCCCGCCGCUGUCUUAUUUUCGCCGAAGGCCACGUGUACUUUCAAUGUCGCUCUGCAGUUAUGUCCCAGGACAUUUUCAACGACGGAGGGACUACUGGGUGGUCACUGGACUGGACCAACUCCCCGCUCCGGACCCUGGGAGAGUUACGGCGUCGAGCCUUUUGGUUUUACAUGACAUGCGUCAGACUAUAUACAGGACGUGAACUGACGAAACCGAAAGACGUUCUUACCGCAUUCCAAGGCACGUCCUGGCUCUUGCAGCAGAACUUGAACGCGCCUCUAUUCUAUGGUCUUCCUGUAUCACAUUUCGAUCUUGCACUUCUCUGGAUGCCUCUAGCUGUGCUUGAUCGAAGGAGACAGAAAGGACUGCACCGGCCUAGCAACGGACUAUGCAGCCAAGAUGAGCUGGGAAAUUGCAGUUGCAAGAUUGAAGAGGAGGGCUAUGAUGGCAAAGAGUUUCCCAGUUGGUCCUGGUGUGGCUGGGUUGGUGGGAAAGCGGGCUACCAGACCGAGAUGAUUGAAGGAUGUCUGUUGAAUGUGAGGGACUGGCUCAAGCACCAUACCUGGAUUCUAUGGUAUGUUCGGGACCACGAGGGAAACCUCAGACCCCUUUGGGACAAGAAGGCCUUUGAAAAAGAUGUAAGCGAAGACGUAAGCUGGAGAGGAUACGCUGGAAGGGACAAGAGCCCAGGUCAAUACCUCGCUAGAAAGCGAAGCAGGCUACGAAGAUCCCGGGGUCCAUCAUCGCUAACUAGCUUGGUACCUGAAAUCCAAGAAGUCAGACUUGAUGGUCCAGGACACAACUAUGUGCCAACAUAUCCAAACGAGUACCCGCCUCGAGGACCACAGCCGCCGUAUUAUGCACCACCACCGCCACCAAAUAUGAUGUAUCCACCGAACAGCGGUCAGCCGUAUUACCCUCCUCCACCAGGGCAUCCUCCGAUGCCAGCUCCCUAUGGUCCCUAUCCCCACGCGCCUCAACUGGCGCCAACAGAUAUCAAGCCGGCUUAUAUACUGAAAGGCGGGUCCAAAUCCCGAAGUCGACAUAAAAACGCUGACCGAGAAUGGGUCAAACGAGGAAACAUGGCCUAUCUACGAAGGCUUCCGACCGGUUACUACGACAACCUCGUGGACGAAGAGGAUCUGAGUGAGCGCCCAAGGGAGCCAUAUGUGGCGGAAGGAGGAUCUCGAGUCCCAUCAUACUUGCCCCAGCAUGGAGUAAGUCUAGCUGCGGGCCUGCCUCGAAGUCCAUACCAACGUCAGGUGCGUGAACCGAUCACAUCUCGGAGGAGGGACGUCGUGAGCUCAGGAGCCAGCUCUGAUGGUAACGGUGAGGCUCUUGAAGACCGAAAAAGCAGCAGUAGUACUACUGGGUCUGGAUGUGACUCCGACACAUCCGAGAAAAGCUCAAACAGCCAAGUCUCCAUCGGCGAGUUCAUCCCUGUCAACGAUGCCACUCGCACUGAUCCAGCGGGGUACUCGGAAGAUCGAACAGUGAGUGACUCAAGUGACAUUGACAGCGACUUGUAUGGCCGCAGCAGGCGUAGCCGACGUCAUCAUCACCGCCGCGGAAGAGGAGGCUCUUCUCGAAAGGAAGACGCCUAUGGUAGGCCGGUGCGAAAGGGCCUCAAACGAGGGACCGAAUUUACUGGCAUUCUCCCCGACAAUCCGUUUGGGAUUAUCCGUGGCCCCUUCCCCAAAGACCAAAAGGACCAGAUCCGCGCCAUGCCGAUCUUACAAUUUUGGACCUGGAGGACCGAGUUGUUUGUGAAGGUUCGUGGCGAUCAAGAAGGCCAGACGUCGACGUCGACGUCGAUGGACAACCAACGAUGUCAAUGCGACAUCGUCGACAAAGCCGGGGACUGGUGCGGGUCCAUCGUCCUCCCGCGAGACUGGAUCGCAGAGAGACAGGGCGUUCCACUGUUGUUCAUCGCCACCUCGGACGCCAAAUCUCUGACCGAGGAAGAGUGUCCGGUGUGGAAUUAUUACAUCCCCAAGGAGAAAGACGAGUCCGAGUGGGACUUGUAUUACGUCUUGCUUCUAAACAGGAACCGGGAGAGGGCGCUCUGGGAACGUGUCGGGUUGGGUAAAGUCUUUCAGGCCGCGUUUGGUGAUGCGGUUUGGGAUGAGAUUAAGCUUGGGUGA